CCAGGUUGUGAUGAACGUCUUGGAUUUAAGGUAGCGGAUGAGGAGUAUUGUUGUUAAUUGUCAUCGGUGCCCUCGCCGCUUGCUCUUUCUAUUCUUCUGCGCUGGGAAUUUUGGGGACCUAGGGUUUGAGGUCGGCGGUGGAGCCGUGGAGGUCAUCCCGAUGAUGAUGCGAGGCGGGAGGCUGAUGUGUUUGUCCUCUCAGGUUCUGGGCAUGAGGUGCUUCAACACGGAGAUAUUUGUGAGCAGAUUAUCAUUUUAUACAACAGAGGAGGAGAUCAAAGAUGUCUUUUCACCAUUUGGCAAUGUAAAGGAAGCCCGACUUAUGAGAGAUCACCAAACCGGAAGGAUGAAAGGAUUUGGUUUUGUCAAAUAUUCAUCUCAAGCAGAGGCGGAGAAAGCUGUUAAGGCAAUGGAUGGAAGGAUACUACGGGGAAGAUUGAGUUUUGUGGAGAUGGCAAGGGACCCAAAAACAAGUAGGAUCCCUCCAUUGCUUAAGAUUGACCAUUUUCUUCUCUAGCAGUUCUAGGCUUUUGGCUUUCACCGACAAAGUAUUACUGCUUACUAUUUUUAGAUUUGGUUCAUGCAAUCACAUUUGCUACUGAAGCUGGUGAACUUCAACUUGUUUGUUCGUGUCUUAACCUGGAACAUAAGAAGUGUCUUCAGAUUAUGUCAUAUGCCUCAUCUCGUGAUUGCUGUUGUAAACAUGUAUGCAGGAGUUGAUGUUUUUAGCUUUUUA